UUCACAAUUUUGCAGCUUUCGUUUCGUUUGUAGAAAGUUUCCCAACGAAAUCAAAAUCCAUCAAUAAAAUAGUUUUUACAAAAAGAAACAAAGGAAGUCAAAAAAGAAGAUUAAAUAUAAGAUGGGUUCGCGUGGCUUUAAUUCUGGGCUGUUUAGUGUCAGUCCACAAACGAUGAUAUUCUAUUCUCCAUACGAUCGCACUCAGAAGCGAAUCAUGACAAUUUUAAAUCCUACGGCGGGGAGACUUCUUUUUAAGAUCCGAUCAAAUGCUGCAUAUAAAUAUUGUGUUAGUCCGAAUUGUGGAUGUAUAGAACCCUAUGAUACCAGCGAGGUGAACGUCAGUCUAAAUUACUUUGAUUUCCAUGAUGAUCGAAGCUAUAACCAUCACUUCUCGAUCCUUUGCAUUCGAUCGACUUGCGAUAAUGAUGAGAUGCAAAGCCAAUCGAUACUGUGUAUCUUCAAGAAAAUACAUCGAUCGGAGAUAAACAAUGUACGUGUGCCCAUCGAAUUGCAACCAAAUCCCAUAUGUAUACCCCAGGAGGAGUUGGAAAAGCUACUGCCGCCAGAUGCUCUGAACAUUAUUCGGGGGAAUUUACAUCCCGUGGGUCUAGAUCAUCUGAAGCAUAUGCCGUUGCCCAUAAGGCGAAAAAAACGUUGUGGCUUACUUCGAACUCUAGCGACCUUUAUCGCAAUUAUCACUACCUUAGCGGGGGCUUUUAUGCAACGUCACAGCAUUGAGCAGCUGGUGUAUAUGCAUUUGAAAUUGGAUCAAGUGGAGUUUUAAAUACUAUCUGACAAUGCUUAAACACAUGCCAUUUGAAUGUAUU